AUGAUGAUGUGCAGACUAGCUGCUGCUCAAGCACCAGUAAUGCAAAUACCGCCGGGAAUGGACUUAUCGGUGCUCCAAUGCCAUCCACAUAAGCAAAAGGUGGUGAUCGUAAUGGGAGCCACUGGAACCGGGAAGUCAAGACUUUCUAUUGACCUUGCCACUGGCGGUGUGCCGGCUGAAAUAAUCAAUUCUGACAAAAUGCAAGUAUAUGAAGGCUUAGAUAUUGUUACCAAUAAAAUCACUCAAGACGAAUGUCGUGGCGUGCCACACCAUCUCCUUGGAAUAGUUGAUCCUGAGGCGGAUUUUACUGCUGGUAACUUCGUCACCAUGGCCUCACUUGCCAUGAAAUCAAUAGUUGGGAGAGGAAAGCUGCCCAUAAUCGCUGGUGGAUCAAAUUCAUUCAUUGAAGCAUUAGUUGACAAUGACAACUACGAGUUUCGAUCAAGGUAUGAUGUUUGCUUCUUAUGGGUUGAUGUUGCAAUGCUGGUGCUUAACCAAUUCGUAUCUGAUCGUGUUGAUCGCAUGGUGGCUGCUGGGAUGGUGGAGGAAGUUAGAACCAUGUACAACCCGAAAGCCGACUAUUCAAAAGGGAUUCGUAGAGCCAUUGGAGUGCCAGAAUUCGACUCAUAUUUUCGUUCCCAAUAUUCAUCUUCUACUGAUGAAAAAACUCGCUCCAGAUUACUAAAAGCCGCUAUCAAGGAAACAAAGGCUAACACAUGCAAGCUUGCCUAUAAGCAACUUGAAAAAAUCCACCGGUUACGAAAUGUUAAAGGUUGGAAAGUUCAUCGGUUAGAUGCUACUGAAGUCUUUCAGAAACAGGGUUGUGAGGCGGAUGAGGCGUGGGCAAAGUUGGUGUCCCAACCUGCGUUGGCUAUUGUAGAUGAAUUCCUUUACAGUUUUGGUGAUUCUCGGGCCUAUUCUGUGGCGGUUGACGGUGGCCUUAGAGGGAUUAGAGAGGCUGAAAUGGGGGUGGCAAUGGCAGUUGCAAGUUAUUGAAUGAAAAAUGAACUAGAAUUAACAAGUUACAAGAUAAUAUUGGGAGAUACAAAAUUUUGGACAAAAAGCAUAUAAGGUAGCUAAUUAAGUGUUUUUAUAAGUUUGCCCCUUGACCACCUAAUCUUGACAUAUGCAUUGGUGAUUUGGUGGUGCAUGUUUAAUUACUUGGGCUUUGAGGAAUAAUAUGGUCUAUGCCUCAAUGGUACCACAUAAAUAUAUAGUAUAAUUUUACAUCUUUAACUUUAACUUUUUCUCUUCCUUUUGUAACAAAUUAUAUUCUAGAUUGAAAGAAUAAUACUCCCUUAUAUAGCA